AUGAAACCUCUCCCAAUAAAACCCCACCCCAAGUCCCAUAACCAACCCCGAUUUUUUCCCGACCCAGGCGGAUCCCUCGGCGCUCCCCAAACCUCGGUGCUGGCUCUCAUCGGCGAGCGGGCGGUGCUGCCGUGCCGGGCCARCGCCGUUCCCGUUCCGGCCAAUUUCUCCAUCCACUGGACGUUCCACGGCCACUCCGGACCGGUCCCAGUGGGCGGCUGGGACGGGAACGGCGGCUCCGAGGAUUGGGACGARUGCUACCGGGGCCGGGCGGGGUUUUUCCGGCGGGAAUUGAGAACCGGGAACGCGUCGUUGCUGCUCGGGGACGUGCGGAGCUCGGACCGGGGUUUCUACAGCUGCCGGCUCUCGUUCGCGGGGAGAUCCCAGGAGCAAUCCGUGCAGCUGGAAGUGGCAGCGAUUGGCGAAUCCCCGCGGCUGAUCCUGCACGGCCGCGAGCGCCGGGCCUUGGCCGUGUCGUGCCGCGCCUCGGGCUGGUUCCCGCGGCCGGAGCUGCUCUGGUUGGACAGACGGGGCGAGCUCCGGCCCGAAUCCGGCACCGCCGCGGCCUCGGUGACCUCCGGGGGCCUUUUUGGGGUCGAGGGCUCUGUGAGGAUCCAAUCGGGAUCGGGAUCCGACCUGGAGAUUUGGUGCCGGGUCCUGAACCGGCCGCUCAACGCCUCCCGCGAGACCCGGAUCCGCCUGCACGGUGAGCUGAAAGGCGAGCUGGAUUUCUGGGAAGUGCGGAGCCACGCGGCUCCGGUAUCUCUGGACCCCACCCCGCGGCUCCUGGAGCUCGGGGACGCGCGGGCUCCGCUCCCGACGGCGGCGCUGCUGGGGCGGGAGGCGCUGGGGGCCGGGAAGCGCUACUGGGAGGUGGAGCUGGGCCGGGAGCGGCGCUGGGCGCUCGGAGUGACCGGGGACGGAGCGGGCGGUGACCGCCGGAGUGACCGCUGGGGUGACCACUCCUGGGCUCUCCGCGCCUCCCAGGGACGGCUUUUCUGCGGCGGCCGCGCCGUCGGGGAGCAGCGGGAGGGUCUCUCGGUGCUCGGAGUGCUCCUGGACCCGGAGGAAGAGCGGCUGGAAUUUUACGAUGUGGAGAAGAAGGAUUUGGUGGCGAGGAUGGCGCUGGGGGACGGGGAGGAACCCCCGGGAAAAUUCUUCCCGUUCGUGUCCCAAGGGGAGGAGGGGCCACUCCGGAUCCGCCCAGUGCCGAUCCCGGGGCGGGUUUGA